UGGUCCGCCAUUGAGACCCAGCUAGAGCAGGGUCGAGGUUCGCAGCAACAGUCAACGGGAGCACGUUUUCGUCUUUUGGAUUUCUAGAAACUGAACUUUUAUUCUGUCACCAUUUCCUUUCUGUUUUCGUGAUUGAUUAAAUCAAGUCCAAUGGUAGCUGAAUUGGAUACAUAUUCGUACAAGGCAAAGCAGUCCUGACAGAGGCAGCUAGCUAACUAGUGGCUAGCUAGUAGCUAAACACGCAUAGCCACGAACUAGCUAAGCCUUGGUCGGGAGGCUGUGUGCAGUGUCGUUUGAUGGAUCCGAGAAUCGCCUGGUUUCAGCCAGAACAGCUCGGACCUGCUAACAGCCUGUGGAUGCAGAUUUGGGAAACGACGCAAGGUCUGGGGAAUCUGUACUUUAAUAAUAAUUAUAGCACCGGCUGUAGCACGUCAAGCCAGAGUCCUAAAUUGAACAGUAACGAGGGAAACGUGAACGCGGUCAAGAACGGGUCUCUGCAGGGAGGCACCAACGACGCGAGGAACCAGGGAAUGUCUAACUCAAGGGCCGAGAAUGAAAUCGCGGAACAACAGGACUUCAUACCCCUGGAAGCCAAUAACAACCACAACAACCGGGCAGCUGGGAGGGGCGGCGGCAGCAGAGGAAGGGGGCUAGUGGGUGGCGCUGGUGUCUGGAGAGGUGGCUCGGACGUCGGGCAUCGCAACAAAAGGAAAAGGGAUAACAAGGCGAGCACAUUCGGAUUCAACAGUAGCCUUCUGCUCAGCGGCUCAGGGGCCGAGGGGGUGGGGUGCGAUGGCGGCUACACGGGUACGCCUUGGAAAACUAGAAACUACUCCGAAGGGAUUUUGGGGCUGCAUGAGGAGAUCAAUGACUUCUACGAAUACAUGUCCCCACGGCCGGAGGAGGAGAGGAUGAGGAUGGAGGUGGUGGAGCGGAUAGAGAGGGUUAUCAAGGACCUGUGGCCCAGCGCUGAUGUUCAAAUAUUUGGGAGUUUUAGCACUGGCCUAUAUUUACCAACCAGUGAUAUUGAUCUGGUGGUGUUCGGUAAGUGGGACAAUCUGCCGCUGUGGACUCUGGAGGAGGCUCUCCGGAAGCAGAACGUGGCCGACGAGAACUCUGUGAAGGUGCUGGACAAGGCCACGGUGCCCAUCAUAAAGCUGACUGACUCGUACACUGAGGUCAAAGUGGACAUCAGCUUCAACGUGCAUAACGGCGUCAAGGCUGCCGUGCUCAUCAAAGAGUUCAAAAAGAAAUACCCCGUGCUUCCCUACCUGGUGUUGGUGCUGAAGCAGUUCCUGUUGCAGAGGGACCUGAACGAGGUGUUCACUGGAGGGAUCGGUUCCUACAGCCUCUUCCUAAUGGCCGUCAGCUUCCUGCAGCUGCACUACAGAGAGGACGCCAUCAGUCCCAACGCCAACAUGGGCGUCCUCCUGAUAGAGUUCUUUGAGCUCUACGGGAGACACUUCAAUUACCUGAAGACGGGGAUCAGGAUAAAGGAUGGCGGCUGCUACGUUGCCAAAGACGAGGUGCAGAAGAGCAUGCUGGAUGGAUACCGGCCCUCCAUGCUUUACAUCGAGGACCCGCUGCAGCCAGGAAACGACGUGGGCCGCAGCUCCUACGGCGCCAUGCAGGUGAAGCAGGCCUUCGACUACGCCUACGUGGUCCUCAGCCACGCUGUGUCCCCCAUCGCCAAGUACUACCCCAACAACGAGUCCGAGAGUAUAUUGGGCCGGAUUAUCCGGGUGACCCAGGAGGUGGCGGAGUACAGGGACUGGAUCACAAAGCACUGGGGAGCCCAGGCCCAGACGGACCCUGCCUUUAACGGAAAUGAUGUCACGCUGCUGGUGGAGCCCCAGCAGUUGGACAAGUGCAACAACAACCUGUCUGAGGAGGUGGUGGUGCUGCCCCCUGUGUCCCACAGCAAACGCUCCUCCAAUUCCUCCUCCCCACCUCCCUCCUCGCCUUCCUCCUCCUCCUCCUCUUCCUCCUCCUCGUCUUCGUCAUCGCCCUCCUCACCCUCCUCCACGGCCUCCAGCUCCAGCGACGCUAUAAUUGGUUCUUCCCAGGACUCUGACGGAACCCCCUGUAAGACAGUGAAGCAGCUGGGUGGGAGGGGCUCCAGCUCACACAGAGAGAACCCGGUGGGCGUGGCCACACACAGAACACAGAGCCAUUCCUUCAGUAACCAAGGCAACAUCAACAAGGGCAAGACGGGCACACGGCAGUUUCGCCCCUCCUCCAGCAGAAACGCCCAGGCGCAGGAGAGCACGGUACACUCCAACACCUCGUCCGCCAGCAAGACCCACCAAAGCAGCAAGCCUCAUCACCAGGGCAACGGCAAGAAGAGGAAACCGCAGCGGGAGGCUGCACACGAGGACUUCUGCAGAUAGGGGGCGCCAGCUGCACCUCACAGACUGCCGCUGCAGGACCUGUCCCCUAGGGGAUUGUUAGUAGUAUUAAGCUUUUUUGUCCCUUUUGGGACACAUACAUUUUUAUAGAACCUAAAACGGGAGAGAGGGGUGAGUGAGUUCCUGGGGUUCAGCAGACAUGAUGAAGGAUGUAUUGAUUUUAUAACCCAAACACACUGCCCUUCUGUGGAGCCGCUCCCAAUCUCCAUCCGGUCCCUCGCCCCCUCUCGGCCUCCUGUUGUUUGAGUGGAGCAGAGGCUGCUGGGAAGGGUCUGACCAUAGGAAUGAUCCCGGACUUCCCAAUCCCAGCGAUCAGCCACUACCACAAAAACAAGAACAAAAAAAAAAAAAACAUAAAAAGGACGCAAUACAAAAAUGUACAAAAAAAGUAUUAUAUUGAAAAAUAUGCACAAAAAUUAUAAAAAGAAAAAAACUAAAAAUGCAAUCGGUAAGAAUGCGAAUUUCAGUUAUGCAUGAAGAUUGUUUUUUUUUUUUCUUUUUGUUGACGGGUAGAAUUUUUUUUGUAUACAUAUACAGAUUAUACAAAGACGGUAUUUGUAUAAGAAACUUAACGCAAGGUCUCAAAGAACUACAUAAGAACAAAAAAAAAAAAGAUGGUUUCAUAUUACUUUUGACAUGAUGUACUAGUUUCAAAGAAAAAUGUGUACAAUUUCACUGCUAGUUGACAAAGCCAAGUGCAGGCUUCAUUGCCAAUACCGAUCAUCAGCAUCUAUUGUACCUGGCUGCUGCCAUCCUGUGAGCACGAUGCUCCCACACCCGCCGUGCCCUGCACAUCCACAGGGUUUGUUUUUCUUUACGUUUCUCUUCUUUUAAAAAAAGAUUACAAUACUGUAGAAGUGCUUCAGAAUCUGAAUAAGAAAAAGCGGUAAUGGAAAUAUUACCACAAAAAAAAAAAAUCUUGCACUUGCAAUUUGUUUCUUCUCGUGUGAGGAUAUCAAUCUUUUUUCUAUAUUUUACCAAUUACAAAAGCAUUUGUAUUUGUUUAUGUAUUUAUUUUUAUAUCUAUAUAAGUAUGUGUGUGUAUAUAUGUGUGUAUAUAUACGGCAUAUAUAUUGCACAUGUAUACACGCAUAAAUCGAUAUAUAAAACAUAGAGUAAAGCCCAUGUCCCCAUUCGUUACUCUUGGAUGGGUAACUGGGAUAGAGAGGGAGAGUAAUCUUAUCGGUUACAGUGCUAACAGUCUGUCUGUCUGUGUCUUCAGUCUUUCAAAUGCCUCUUUUUUCCUUUCAGUGAAAAUUGUAUUUCAGUGACCAAGUUACUUCAGAAAGUUGUGUGACCACUUUACAUAAGAUGGAAAUGUAUUUUUAUGUGUGGCUGGUCUACUUACUUUAAAAGGGAGCUGAAUUUUGGUUGUUCCUGUUUGGAUUUUACGCAAUAUUCUGUAGUACAAAUGAAACUUUCUCACCUCGGAAUUGGCUUUUGCGCACUUCCUCGUCCGAACAUUAGGCGGCGCAAUACAACAAUGGACAGAAAUGCUGAAGGUAAUUUAAUGGUGCCAUUUGUAUUCCCUAAUCAUUGCUGCUCAAGUGGAGUAUUUAAAUAGGCUGAAACUGAAUUAAUUGAAUUGUAGGUACUUCAGAUGCUUAAAUACAUGCAAUAAAAUCAAAAGUACAAUUAUUAAAUAACUGGAAAAUGUAUUUAUUUUAAACGCCUUAAUGAUUACGAUAUUUCACCAAUGAGAACACUCAUGAGAUGAUGAAUGCUUUCAGUCUAGUUGUAGGCUAAUGCUCAGAAGGAACUUUUGAGUAUUGAUGCAAAGAACUUCUAUAAGUACGCACAGACACUAUGACCUUUCUUCAGUGAAAAUUGACUAAAUGCAUUGCGGGACUUUGACCAGCAUUUAGUGAAGCUGGUUUUUACCGUGAAGGCGUUCAAUAAAUGCACUUAAUAUAUUAAAUGUAGGCUUAGAUAAUGGUCAUAGCCAUGGGAUUGCUAGAAUUCCACAAUAUUUGUGUGCCGUUGUUUAAACUUUAAAGAACUCUCUUCUAUAUCCAAAGUAUUCCUACAAACUAGCUUGACUUAUGAUUGGAUUAGAUAAGCUUCAUCGUGCAUAUUUUGAAUUCCAACUUUUCAUUCUCCCAUUAGGCAAUUAAAUCAGCCAAAUAAGCCUUUGAUAUGUGCAUGGGGGGGUGGGGGGGGGUGGGGUUCACAUACUUGUGCACAUGGCUGUGUAAAAUAACAUUGUAAUCCUGGGUCCUCUUACAUUUACGCCUUGGAAUCCUUUGCUCUGAACAACGCUGUCCCUAUUCCUACCCAUUCUUACUUAUGAGACUAAAUUAAUAUUGAGAGAUGUUGAAAAUUGGUGUAUGUCAUGUCACGUAAGAGGAUUUACUCCCCGGUUUUGCCCUUGGCUAUGAAUGUAUUCAUAACUAUUCAUUGUAAUAUGUGCAUUAUUGUCCCUAGUAUUGCUGCUGAAUGGUUACUACACUUAUCUAAUAGUCGAUGUGGGAAUGUGUUGCUCACAUUUUUACAGAUCGGGCCCAUGUUUGGACAAACUUGUGGUUAUUCCAUAUUCUAAAAUUUAAGCACCCAAAGAUUUUACUCUGUUCCAUAAAUGUCCACAAUAUAUUCCAAAUGCAAAGCAGUCUCGUUUUGUUGAGUAUCUAAUCAAAUGUGUCAGAUCGCUACCAGCAUUUUGGAAAAGGAAUGUAGAUUAUUUUUGAAGAGUGAGCUGGUAUGAUACAUAAAUCUGAUCUGAUGCAUGCACCUAAAUCAAACGCUUGAGCUACUGUACAUGCAACUGAAGUCACAUUUCAAGAUAAAUUCUUCACUGAAAUCUUAUUACAUAUUAACCAUUACUUGAUGGCUUCGUUUUUCUAGGAACAACCUUUAUGUAUUAAAUGUGAACAGUUGAACUGUUCUGAUUUCACUUUUUAAUAUUGGAAUUUUUCCUCUUGUCUGUUCUUUGUUCAUAUCACUGUCCAUCUGUAUCAUCAUCUCAUUCUAGUUGUAUUUUUGGAGCAUAUAAAGAUCUUUUGCAAACAAUAUUUUUGUGAGUAUUUGAAUACAUUUUUGAUUUAAGUGCUGAAACCCCCGGGUUAAUUUGGGGUUGAAAUUAUCUUAAAUGGCAAAUUUCAAAAUUAAAAGUCACUUAAAUAUUUCA